CUUCUUCUAACCUCCAGAAGAGGCCCAUGUCUUGUUUAGGCGAGUCAAAUGACAGUGCUCGAAGUAUGUACCGUCCUCACCAAAUCCAAAAAGUGAUGCCAUCCACUUCUGCUUUGCCGGCUGAUCUCACAGCUUUUCUUCAACAGAACUUUCAACCUAUAAUUCCUGGGUGCCACAAACAAGCUGAGGAGGAAAAAAGGCCAGAUGUGAUUUUGCCUGCACAGUGCUCAUAUGUCCCUUCUUUGCCUCAACAAGGAUUGUCUCUGUCUGUCUCCACUACUGAUUCUUCAACCAGCAUACCUCUAAGUUGUAGCAUCCGGCUUCCAACUGGAACAAAUACAUCCCUGCAUAAUAAGAUUAUUAUUCAUCCACGUGGGAUGAACAUGACAUAUCCUACAGGUAGCACUAUGUUGCCCGUGACCGACAGUAACUGGGUUGCAGUGUGUAUCCUUCAAUCCAGUCAGUAAAAUCAUUAUAGCUCAAUGACUGCCUGCCUUGAAUUUUGUGAUCUUCUCGACUUUGGGGUAAUUUAGGGAUGCAUAG